CGUCCAAACUCCAAAAAACUCAACGAUUUAUUUGUUAUUGUUUUGCUGAGUACUUACGAUUAUUGCCUUUUUAACGUAAAUAAACGGAGUAAUUAUUAUAAGAUAACUUCUAUUAACCGAAUCGAAGUUCUAAAAGCUCAAUUGAAACCUUAAACAUCUGUUUUAUAAUGAGAAAGCCGUGAUGUUUUUAGAUUAAACAGUGACUGAAAUGUUACCACUUAUAGCCUUUAAUAUGGAGGGUUGUUCAAAUUCAAGUAAUUUUAACUCCAUUUAUGAUGUAAAUAAUGUUUUAAAUUGUGUCAGAAAUAGGAAAAAGGUUUCCGAGUUGCCUAAUUGCCCAGUAUGUAGCUGUACGAUACGACAAGGAGAAUUAGAGUCGCAUUUAACAUUAGAAGUUGAAAGACUGCAAAAAAUCACUAGUGGAUCGAAGAGGAAAUUAAGCACAAAUAGCUCUAAUAUGCCUGUAGCGGGAUCCAGCACAUUUUACGAGGAAGAAAGUAAUGAAGAUGUAGAGAUGGAUGUUUCGGGUUGUCCAGGAAGUGAUGUUUACCAACGUAUACAUAGCAACCGUCUUAAUAGGCUGCGAUCGCGACGUCGUUCUCCACCGCGCACUGGACAAGGUGAAUGUCCAGUGUGUAAUGCAACUCGUCCUGUUUCCCGUCUUCACAGACAUACAUUAAGGUGUCUUAAGAGAAGUGGAGCAGAGCUGGAUGAACCAGUGCCUGAUACAAGCUCUGAAGAAGGCAGCAUUGAUGUUGAGAAUGAUGAACCCUCAGGAUUCGGUGCUGAAUACCAGUGGUGCGGAGAGUGGCGAGUGAGGGCCACGGCUCUGCAGGACGCGGACUCACGGCCUGGUACUAGUGUACGGCGAGCGUCAACCGAUCACGCGCUGGUAGUAGACGAUGACGAGGACACGGCGUUGUAUGGACCGCCUCAGUACUCACCUUCAAGGAUAGCGCCCGAUGCAGAUACUUCCAAGUCGAGUGAAAAUGAGAGUGAGUGUAAUGGAAUAGAACUACAAAUUGAGAAGAAAACAAAUGGGCUGGUAGAAGCCAGCGCUGAGACACGCAUACAAGCACUGAAAAUGAAAAUAAAAGAAUUAGAGAAAAAACAGAAUUCAGGACUAGAGGCGAAGUGUUUGAUAUGUCUGGGGCCUUAUACGUCGCCAGCAGUCUCCAUACAGUGCUGGCAUGUCUACUGUGAGGUGUGCUGGUUGGAAUCUUUGAAGGCGAAGAAAAUAUGUCCGCAAUGCAACGCUAUCACUACAGCUGGACAUUUGAGACGGAUUUACAUGUAACGGACACACAAGAUAGAUCUCUCUUGAUUAUUGAAUUAUUCCACCAUUUUGAAGCCAAAUUUUAACAGACAUUUAUAAAGUCAAAGUUAAAUUGAGUUCUGGUUAUUGUGUUGUAAGGUGUAAUAUUCAUUAAAAAGUAGCAAAGGUUUCAUAGGGAGUCAUAGAAGGCAGUCACCGCAGCCUUGGACACCCAUUUUAAUGGGUUAAACUUGAAAGGUUUGGUCAAAAUUAUCAAGAGUGAAACCGUUUAAAAGACGGCUUAAUAAGUAUGGUGUAAAUAAUUGCUCAAGACCGGGUUCUAUAUACAAACAAUUAUGUUUGACAAAUUAUUAACAAACUAAGAUUUUCAUAAGUUGAGUUGUCAAACCAGAGCUACUAGAAGGUUCUAAUAUAUAUUCUAUAACUGUGUCAUUCCUAAAGGCUAUUUCAAAAAUUAAGUGUUAUUGAAUUUAUAAAGGUUUCAUAAGUUAAAAAAAAAUAUAGUAUUUAUUUUGUGUCAGUCACGUUCAGGAUUAUGAUUAAUGUUUGUAAAUAUGUCUUUCACUAUCUAAUCCUAAUACAGCAUCGGAGUUUAACUGCGUCGGCGACUUAUUUUAGUUGAAAUAUUUAGCCUUGGCGCAAUAAGUGAAGGAGUAUAUAGUCCCGACCGUUAUUGCGCCUGAAAAUUUUCAAGAAUAAUUUAUAUAUAUUAAAAUAAUAAUUUUACCUUUUUUUUACCAAAUAAACUAAAUUGGUUAUCAUGAUAAAAGGUUAUUUUGAGCAAAUUAUUUAAAACAAUUAUUAACAUGUAAUAAACUUGACGUUUGCUUACGAGUUUACAAACAUUGUACGUCACAGGGACGCCAUCUUGUUUAGAGAACCGUUUUGGCUGGUUGUGUAGGUUCUAUAAUUUGUCUAUGGUUUUUAAGAACUUGUCAAAAUUAAUAAUUUAUUUAACAAUUGACAUGUUUAUUGUUAAUUUGAAUAUAGAACUCGGCCCUAAGUUUUAAAUUAAGAAUAAACAAUUGCCUUCCGUGAAGAUAUACAAUAAUGUAUAGUAAUUUGUAAAUAAAAUUAUUUGUCUAUA